UGCGCUUGCGUCUUCUGGCCUCGGCCCGGAAGCGGUGCGUCGAAACGGGCUCUCCCACGCCGGAAGUGGGCCACGCCGAAGCCGGCGUAUCGAGUUCUGUCGCGCGGCCCGGCAGUCGUCAUGGUGGGCCCACCCGGCGGCGGCGGCGGCUUGGAGAACGCCAACCCGCUGGUCUACCCGCGCCCGGGCGAGCGGCCCACCACGGCGCGCGAGCAGGACGAGGGGCUGCCCGACGCCAUCGACGGCCGCGAGGUCUUCGAUCUCAUCCGCGGCAUCCACGACCCCGAGCACCCGCUGACCCUGGAGGAGCUGAACGUGGUGGAGCAGGUCCGCGUGCAGGUGAGCGACGCCGAAAACGCCGUGUCGGUGGAGUUCACGCCCACGAUCCCGCACUGCAGCAUGGCGACCCUCAUCGGCCUCUCCAUUAAGGUGAAGCUGAUCCGAUCCCUCCCGGAGAGGUUCAAGGUGGAUGUCCACAUAACACCUGGGACACAUGCUUCUGAGCAUGCAGUAAACAAGCAACUUGCUGACAAAGAGAGAGUAGCUGCCGCCUUAGAGAAUAUGCAUCUGCUCCAGGUGGUGAACCAGUGCUUGUCAGGACGAUCUUAAUGUGUAUGUGUGUCUCUGUGAGAGCAGUCUUCAAGGUAUGGUGGAGGUCAGCUUCUUGGUGUAAAAAGGUCUUCUUUUAUUUGUCCUCUGUCUCUAUUUAAGUAAAAAAAAUGUAGUUCUUUAGCAAAUAAAGCUAAUAAUGUCCUUUUAAACUUUUUCAUGUGGGUUGGCAAUAAAUGUGAUCCUGAAAAUA